AUGUUUCUACAACUACAUCCAAUCAUAUCGAUACUAUCAUACAUAACAAUAGGAUGGUUGAUAUUCUUUACAUUCUUGAAGAUAUUACAAAUAACAUAUGGCCAGGUACUCCUGGACUUCCUCAACUCGAUAUCAGUACAUAUACAGUUGUUCUCAUUGAAUUGGUCAACUACACAAUUGAAUGCACCACUUAAACGACUAUCUACAAGAUUCGAUCGAUUCUGGCAUCAUUGGUAUCGUGUGGGCAAUACCAUCGUCAUACUCUUGGUACCUCUGGCACUACUAUCACUCAUAUACAAUCUAUUCAUUCUACUAUCACAACGAUCUACAAACAAUGCCAUCAUCACUCCAAUCGUACCUGGCGUCAACUUCCCGACAUCACACUUGGCCUAUCUGAUACUGUCCUUCAUCUUUAGUGCCAUCAUACAUGAGGCUGGACAUGCGAUAUGUUUCCUCAACCUCAACCGAAGGAUCAAUGAAGUUGGCAUCCACAUGUUCUUCAUAUUCCCAAGUGCCUAUGUCAACAUCAAUGCAGAGGACCUGAAACGGAUCGCACAUGGAAUGAAGCUGCGGGUAUUCACAGCAGGUGUCUGGCACAACAUUGUACUGAGUCUGGUGAUAUAUUUGUUGAUGCCACUGACACCUUAUGCAUUGAUGCCACUCUAUCACUACUCGACCAAGGAGCUCUAUAUUAACAACAUACCAAAAGAGUCAUUGUUGCAUGGCUCUGUCAAGGUUGGUGACAGAGUGCUAGCAGUUGGAGACUGCACUGUAACAGAUGCCAACAGUUACUUCCAAUGCAUCGACAUCACAUGGAACCAACCAAACUCAUACUGUCUACCAAUUGGAUUCAAAGACUGUGUAGAUACAACUCAGAAUAUAAGAGCAUGCAUUGAGCAUGAACAACUGUUUCACAUGAAGCCUUGUGCCAACUCAUCGACAUGUGGCGCAAUGGAUAAGAAGUGCACCAGUCUUGCACCUUCACGAAUGUUUAAUCUAAUACUGGAAAGUCAUGGAAACGAUUACAAAGGCAAAGAGGAGUUGCCAUUCAUUGGUACAGCACAAGAAUUAUGGGACUCUUUCUCAACAAGUCACUACAGAGCAAGAUGGUCAUGGAUACAAUCAGUGGACCUUCAUUAUUUCUUUAUGACAUUGCAGAACUUUAUCAUUGCCGUAUCAUUGGGAUUGGCCAUGUUGAACAUGUUGCCAAUUGGAGGCCUGGACGGCCACUUUAUUAUGACAUCACUCCUGCACCUGGCGGUGACACAUCACUACCCGGCCAUGCCCGUUGAGCGCCAGGAGGCACUACGCGACUCAAUCUACUCCCACAUCUCCCUAGGCUCGACCAUAUUGCUAGGCGUAAACCUCUUGAUAUCCUUUUAUUUCAUUAUUGCAAAGUAA